UCUUUUGAACGAAGCGUUCGCGAACGACACAACACUACUAGCAUGAGGGCCUUUCAAACCUGAACCUCUCUUCUCCAUCUUUUUGGCGAUGCAUGCCAUGAUUACAUACACUAACUUUUUUAACUGUUGUUGUAUCAUCUCAAGGUUUUAAAUUAAUGUUUGUAAAUCUUGUUGUAGUGUUGUAGAUUGUUUGAAAAAUAGACUGGUUUUUGUUCCAUGUUACUGUGGGAUGGUUGGUGAUUUACACUGGUAAACAGCAGGUUGUCUGUUGCCGAUAGUGUUGUUGCCUUUACGGAAAAUCACGAGUUCUCGGCGUGUCGUGACGUUACCACUGACGUAUCUCGGGUAACCCCGUCCAACUGACAAUCAGACAGACUCGCUCGAGGCGUCGCAAGAGAGCUGGACGUCUCCCAAACAUGGCUCUAAAUCGGAACCACUCGCAAAACGGCGGCGUUUUGAUAAACAACGGAGAAAGGUAUGGUUUUGGUGAAACAUUUUUGUAGUUAUUCUGAUGAAUUAGUUCGCUGACUUCUCUCUUUUAGGGCUGUUUACACUCAACUUCCCAGUGCGUAGUCAACGGAAAGCUAGCCUCCCUGCUAGCUGGCCUAGUUUGCGUUAGCAUAAUAAACACAAGUGUGCCAUCUUGAAUUACACGCUAGUUUCACAGUCUAUAUUAUUGUCAAAACAUGCGCUAUAUUUAGUGAAAACAUGUAGGUUAACUAUAUUUUUGAAAUAGAGUUACAUAAGAUGGUUAACUUUUUCUAGUAGGCGACUUUUACUCCAGGAAAUAGCGGCUGGACUCGCCGGGAUGUUGACAUUUGAGAAAACAAAGGUGUCUCCAUAAUGUGUAGUUAUGUGCCAAUUUACGAUAAUUUUAAGACAUUUUAGUCAGCUUUGACACCAAAAAGCAACCCCUUUAUAUCCAACAUGUGACAUAACAUGUGUCACUGUGGAGCUAUUAUCACUAUUAUCACUGUUUACGUCCGUUCUUAUGUAAUCAGACAGAAAAGGAAGACCUGAGGUAUAUUUGACAAUCUUUUUUUUUUACACUUUAGCUCUUAGAGGGACUAGUUUUCAAAAGUAACUUAAGCUCUGAUCAUUUAUUAACAAAUAUGGGACACUUCAGUUACAGGAGUGGAAGAAAGGGAAAGGGACAAGUUGUAAGAAAUUAGCUUUAUAGGUUUAUAGACAGUUGAUGUAAAAGAGAAAAUCCAGGUCGAUAUAUGUAAAAAUUUAUUUCACGUGAUAUUUUUCUCCAAUUGGACCCACCCAACCUAUUAUGGGUGGGUCGUUAUUUUGGCCAGUUUAUUAUGAAAGCCUUUUUGCUCGCUGUCAGGAGUAUUGUACCACAUUUUUUUACACAUUCAUUCCCCACCUAUUACAUACAUGUAUACUAAAACCUGGUAUGGAAAGUAACUUAUUUUUCUAUUUAAAUUACUGAAAGUGGGUACCUUUUUGUGUAUUUGUUUUAACAUCAAUAUGUUAGAUUGGAAGUGUUGUACCUCUACAUUUUUGAUGACAUCUCUGACUGAGUAAAAUUUAAAAGAAAAAGUGAAAAAGAUUUGAGUAAACUGUGUCUGUAGGCAGAUGUUUACUACUUGAUAUACAUGGAAAGCAUGCUCUAAACACUAAACCGGCACCCUGUCCUCAUCCAAUUUGUGAGAUUCAAUUUAUGCCCCUACUCUGUGACUCCUAGUUGUAGUGCGAAUGACAUUAAUCAUGCCCUGAACCUUUUAGGUCAUUUGAUAUUCUUCAGUUUAUCAGAUAUUGCGAUGUUUCAUGAUAGGAUUUAGUUCCAGUUCAUCAGUUGUCGAUUUGCAAUAUCAUGAUGCCAUUAUUGCCAGUUACCCCAUGAUUCCGGCCUCUGAUAUUUUUAGAUUCUCCUUCAAAAAGAAAACCAUUGUCACAUGAGUUUUCAUCUAUUUUAAUUUACUGAAUCCUUUGUUUUAUGGGUUGUAAUAUUUAAAUUCUUGCUUCUUUUUCCAGUGUUUUAAGGGAUUGUAAGAAUGUGGAGUUGUCGUUCAGUGAUGUUUCCUGCAAGACAGACCUGCUGAAGGGGACCAAGAAGGGAACUGUGUACCUGACACCAUACAGGGUACUGCCAGUGUUACAUACAACUCCCGAUGACUGCGGUCUUGAUUACACAGUCGGCAGAGUUUAUUCUGCAACUGUCGGUACAACCUGUUGUAACACCAUGCGCUCUUUGUCUCUCCCUCUUUCACUUGUCUAGAUGGUGUUUGUGUCCAGUAGUACUAAGGACUGCCUGGGUUCAGCCAUGUUCCCCUAUUAUCUGAUGAAGGGCUGCAGCAUUGAGCAGCCUGUCUUUGCAGCUAAUUACAUUAAAGGGACAGUGUCAGCUGAGCCUGGUGGUACGUGACCCCUGCUUUUAUCUCUAAACCACAAAGCCUGGAAUUCAUCUUUUUUUAAAUGGUGCAUCCAUGGAAGUAACUAGGGUCAUACACUGUCAUAUUCAUGUUGUAAACUACAAUAAAUACACAAGAUGCACUAACUUCCUUAAAAAGUGAGCAUGCUGAUAAAUCUCCUGACAUAUAAGACAAGACUUAAACGUCUCUCUGUAUUUGUUAUAAAUCUUUUUGACUUCCUCCUCAGGUGGCUGGGAAGGACAGGCUCAUUUCAAAAUGUCAUUCCCCAGUGGAGGAGCCAUAGAACUGGGACAGCAUCUCUUCAAACUGGCAACAAAUGGUUUGUAUGAUCUAUUGUUCUGAGCAGUUAUUAAGUAGCUUUCUGUGGGGGUUGGUGAAAAGUAUUCGAAUACGAUGUAUUAAGGAUUAAAAGUUGAAUAAUAGUGCAUUGUAGUUCCUUGUAGUUUCUGAUGAAAAAGCAUAAAAGCACUAAGGCCCAGCCAAAUAAAAAAACAAAAAAACAAAAACUGCUGAAUAGUGAUUCCCAAACAAGGGGACAUGACCCCCUAGUGGUGCCCUGAGAUAUAAAAGUGAGGGAGCAGCAUGGCUUCAUGAAAUAGUACACACACUUUUGCAGUGCUGCCAAAAGAGGGUCAACUUGAACAGUCUGAUGAAUGUAAGGCUUAAAAGAAAUCUACACCAAACAUCAGAAUUAUGAAACCUAAACAUAUCAAACCUUAUUGAUAAAACUUUGAAGUUAAUAUUAAGAACGCAUACACAGAUUUAGUAGCCUCCAAACUUCUUAUAAAAGGCCUCUCGUUAUUUGCUCUGUUUCAGCUUCUCGUGCUGCUCCAGCCCAGAACGGUGCUCCGUCUUUUGGAUAUCCAUCACCUGGAAUGAUGAACGGAUAUGGCCCACCUCCACCAGCUCCUCAUGGAUAUCCUUUUGCACCCCCUCCUCAGCAGAAUGGAUUCUACCAGGGCCCUCCACCCGCUCCCACCAACAUGGGCUACCCCUGUCCAACAGCUACUGGAGGUACAGUUUCAGACAUUUAUUAUAUGAAAUGUUCAAUAUUAGAUUCUGAUAUUUAACAUACCAUUGUAGAGGAACUUUGAGGUAAAACGUAAUUUGAUGAAAGAAUUUUAACCCAUGGUUUUGUAGAUAAAAGUCAUGUAAAGAAAAAAAUUCAUUGAAAUAUAUAGACUUUAUGUGUUUUCAGACUUUGGCUGUGUCUCCCUGCUUUUGCAUUCGCAUACUAAUGCGAAUACAAAACGAAUACCAAAAGAUUUUACAUUAAAAUGUCAAUGGAAACAGAAGUUGAUGGCAUACAACUGUUUUAAAACAUGUAUUUAAUUGUGACUUGUAAUGUAUAUGCUCAUUUUGAAUUUGAUGAUUGACGAUUAAGAGGUUCACCAGUCUGUGCCAGACUGUGAGCAAAUAGUUGAACCAUUUCCCAGUAAUGUUCCAAGGGGUAAAACUGCAAAACAUUUCUAGAAUUUUUCAUCCACAGUUCAUAUUAUCAUUUGAAGAUAGAGAGGUCUGGAGAAAUCUUUGUACAAAAAGCACAAGGCCAAAAACAAACACCAGACAUACUUGAUCUCCUGGCUUUUAGGCGGCUCUGCAUUAAAAUCAACAUGACUCUGUAGUGGAUUUCACUGCAUGGGCUUAAAAUCACAUCCUAAGAGCGUUGUAUGUGAACGCAGUUUGUUCCUGCUCAGUUUACAGAAUGUUGUUAAAAGCAGAGGUGAUGCAACACAAUGGCAGUCAUACCCUUGUCCCAAUUGUUUUAAUACAUGUCGCUUGCAUCAAAUUUAAAUUAAGUGUAUAUUUUUCAUAAAACAACACAAUCUGAUUACUAUGCAUUAUUUUCAAUUCAAUACAAGCUUAAUGAUUUACAGACUAUAAAUUUGGUUACUUUAAUUUAAUAUGGCGUCAUAACCUGUAUGGAACUGGGAUGGAACUUGAAACUUGUAUGUUUGUCGGUCAAAGUACCAUCAAUUUGCUUGAGUAAAAACCCAUCAGGAACAAAUAAUGUUGUUUUACAGCUCCCUGUUGAUACCUUUUAGUUUUGUCUUCUAGUUUUUAUCUUCAAACUGAAAUGAUAACUCUCUUAAUUUGAAACUUGGUCUGCUUUUGUUUCCUUUGUUCCAGGAAUGUACCCAGCUGGUUUUGACUACAUGGCACCACCUCCCCCCUACCCUGGCCCACCCCAAAAUUGGGCCGGACCCCCUCCGACCUGGGCAGCAACAGCUCCAGCACCACCUCCAGGUCUGUUACCCUCUUUUUUUCUCUCUCUCUCGUUUCCCUCUUUAUUUGCUCCUCCCUGUAUGUCUGUGUCACCGCACACAUCAGAUCUAAUCUAUCUUCCUGAAAGUGAGUCACUCCAAAUCAUGCAACCAAAAAAAAGAGACGCUGAUGUCUCAUCGGCUAAACAUCAAAUUUACCAGGGAUAAACAAUCCCACCUCUCCCUCCCCUCUCUCUUCAUCUGCUCAUUUCUAGCACCUCAUGGGUUUCAGUGUCUCUCCCUGCACACGGGGUGAGGUCGGUGCACUGAGCUGAAAUGUCAGUUUGGCACAUCUCGGUUUAAGGAAGAGCUUAAGUAGGACAUUUGCCUCUGUGCGUCCUCAGGGUGCGCCAUUAGAUUCAGUCUCAGAGAUUCCUGGAGCUGUCAGAUGUCGUGUUUUGUAUGACUGACAGUGUGCUCCUCGCAUCACUUCUGCUUACGGUUUUAGGAGCCGCAGCAUCUGUUUCUAAAUAUGUUCAUCAGUCAUCGCUGUCCCUCUUUCUCUCUCUGUUUUUGUCAAAUCUUGUUUUCUGCACAGGUAACUCCAAGGCGGCUGAAGCAGCAGGCAGUGCGUACUAUGAUCCAAACAAUCCACACAAUGUCUACAUGCCCAUGGUAUGCUGCUCUGCUUGUUAUAGAUCUAUAGAAGUAAAAUGCCCAUUCCCUUUUAAUCGGCAAUGAUUUUCCUCUGCAUUCCCUAACAGGAACGACCUCCACCAUAUGCACCUUUCCAAAACUCUCCUGAGAAGAAAAACAACUGAGCCUCAGAGGCCUUUACUUCAGUGACACUCCUCCUUCUUCCUCUGUCUCUAAAAUAUAUCCUUAAGGCAAGAAAUGACGUUGAUGGGAACCUGCUGGAUUGUGGAAUAUGGAAAGGAAAAUGUAUGUGACAGAGGGCUCAAAGAUGUCAGAUAUAAAAUGAUGUUAUUUUGGAUACUGCAAUAGCAUUUAAAGCAAUCACAACUUUUAAAAUAAAUAUUGCUCUCUUUCUUCAAGUUCAUGCAAAAUACCGACAACUCAUCUGUCAGUUUUAUUGACUCUUUUAGUGAUAGUUUGAAUUCUGUCAAAUGUCUAGCAGGAUGGUAAAGACCUAAACUGUCCUUGUGUGGCGCUGAAAGCAGAAGACAGUAUGGGGAAUGUAUUUUCAAGACUGAAAUUUAUCAUCAGUUUUGUAGCCCUGUCAUGAUUGCAGUUGUUUUAGUUUUUAAUGCAUAUAAAUCAUACUAUACAGUGUUUUUGCAGUGGUAGUUUCCCAGUAUGAGCUUGGUUGAAUAGUUUUCAAUAAACUAUCUGACUGAUCAUUUUACUAUAACCUCGAAACAGUAGGUUGAAGCUUUCUUCUUAUAUGACCAAUAUGAUGUGAACCUACAUCAGUUAUAUUUAGUAAUUACAUUCAUUGUAUGACCCAAAUUCAAACAUGUCUUUCAUAGGGUAGUGUGACAGAGGCUCUUUGGUUUAGGAAGUGGUUUAGAAAGGAUUUCUUACAUUACAAAUCUGUCUAUGUGCAAUAUUUCAACCACUUAAAAGAAGGUUAAUUCUCUGGGCUGGGGUUACCCGACUGAUCCUGUGCUCUUAACCUAGCUUCUAUUGUAUUCAUGUAUGCAAAGCCGGGCUGAAACCAGAACUCUACUCUGCAUAAUUACAUCAGUGUGGAGUUUCAGGAGCCCUGGCGUUAGAUUAAGGACCCAUCAGUGUUUCCUCGCUGUUGAAAGUUCUGAAUAAAUGCCAUUUAUUCUGGGUUAAGAUGCGGUGAGAGACCUUUGAGCCAUGUAAUCACAUCCCUACUCCUUGUGUAUCAGUUAACACCUGUUUGAAGGACUAUUUGCAGGCUAUUGUAGGGGAUGGAGGAGCUGUUUGAGUUUGGUUUUAGUUUGCCUAAAUUAAUCAAAUGUCUGUAUAUUAAUAUCUCUUUUGCAGUUCUUAUUCCUCUUCCUGAAUUUUGUCUGUCAGAAAAAAAUCUAAUAAAUUAGUUCUUUAUUGAACAUUUUGCUUCAUGAUUUAUAAAGCGCUUUUGUUUUACACUCUUAAUGGUAUGUAUUUGACGGAACUUAAUACAUUUGAAAGACUGCAAGAUUCAAAAUAAGCAUUCAAGUUACCCUAACAUCUAUAAACAGAUUAUAAAUAUGUAGAGUCUAUGCACGGGUCAGGUUCCUGCUUGAGCAGUGCCGACCAAUCAAACUUCUGUCGGGUUCAGUUCAUCCAUGAAAAACACUGUAGAGCAGUGUUUCUUAAGUCCAGUCCUCGAGCCCCACUGUCCUGCAUGUUUUGGAUAUUUCCCUGCUCCAACACACCUGAUUCAAAUGAUCAGCUCGUUAUCAAGCUCUGUAGUGGCAUAAUAACGAGCUAAUCAUUUGAAUCAGGUGUAGAGUAAAAUCAGGUGGAACACGACCCACAAUAAUGACAUACAGGCUGCCAUCUGUGGUAACCUUACAAGGGUGUGUUUAUCUGUAUAAAAAGCUAUCCACAUGCUAGUGCAGCUAACAAUCUGUCAUACAUCAUCAUACAUAAAUCUGCUUGAUACUGUGCCAGUAAAGCAAAUCAGUAUUAAAUUUUCCGGACUUCCUGGAAUGCAUUGGAGGAAUAAUAAUACGAUGUCUUUGCUUGUCUUAGGUGUUACUCCAGGGAAUGUAACAGACCAGAAAUGACAGGCACUCUCGAUUACUGACAUUGAUGCUGCUCCAAAAAAGGAAGUCUUGGCUAAAGUCCUUUGAUGCUAACAGCUGGCUAUGCUGGAAUUAAAGAAAAAAUGACAUCUGUUCCCAAAGGAUUAUCUUGCAUUACAUACCCACACAAUGACAGGUAAUUGCAGAAGAGCUCUGAGAUUGAUAUUUUCCAAAUUAAAUAAAUAAAAUAAAAGAGUAAUAAUAAUAAUAAUGGUAAAUCUAAUAUCAAAUAAAUCCUCUUCUAAAGAUUUUUUGACCUUUAAGCCUUGAUUGGAUAGAGCAGAUUGCAAAAAAAAAGACAGAAAAUGUGAGGAGAGAAUACCACAACAAAUUAUGUUAGGCCGAGGAAUUAAUCCUACAACCAUAGCAACAAGAAUAAAAAUUGGGGCACCUGUUCUACCAUCUGAGCUUAACAGGCACUCCAUAUUCCACACAAGUCUAAUGCAUUUUUGUAGGAGUGUUUUCUCCAAGUCACCAUGGCUGAUCUCUAGUUCGCAUUGAUCAAAGUUACAUGUGGGAUUUCUGAUUAAAUCUGUAUACAUUCAGUCAUUUUAUCAUACAGUCUCUCUCUCUUGCUGUGGUUCAACUAAAGUACAUUUUGCAUAGCUGGAUUGUCCUGUCACUUCUGCUUCCACAAAAUAAAAAAAAAAUAAAGAAGACAACCAGAGUGAGUCACACUCUUACUGAAUAAUAUAUUUAUUAUGUUAUGAAACACUAUCAAAGUUGAACAUGGUAUUCACUGUUAUCACAGAGAGUCACACUGUACAGAUGUAUCGAAUAAAUAAAUAAAUGAAGAAACCUUUGUCAUGCACUAAAUCACAAAAUAUUCACCACACACAAACAGAUCCACGUGUAACCACAAAGUUCACAACAUUUAGAACUAGCUACUUUACAACCACAGCUGUCCACCUAUUAUUUGAUAAAGACUAGAUCUACUUUAUGGCUCAGCUCCUGUUUCUCUCCAGUUCCCCACUCAGGAAAAGGAAGUGUGCUUUUACCACCAUGUUCCUUAAGUUGAUCCAAACAUUUUCCUGUACCCAUCACUAUUAUGUAUACUAAGUUAUAGACGUUCAAAGCCCCACUAUGUGUUCUUAUAGGGACUUAAUCCACUAUAAACAGCUGUAAAGCAAAUGAAAAUACAGUUAAGACUCCAGUGUCGUGGUUGAGUCACCAAACUGCAAGUCCAAGUCUAGUUUUGUGUCUAUUAUUAUUUGUGUGAAAAGGCAAGAUAAGUCAGUGGGAAGUCCUCAUGACCAAAUCAAAGCUCUGUCAAGGGGAAUCACUGUAAUGCAAAACUAUUGACUGUUUGAACCUGUGGGGCCUUUUGGAAACAUAUUUCAUUUGUUGAUGUUAGAGUUAGACUGAUCCUGUUAGCCUGUCUGGAGAUUUAAAUUAUCACUUAGGUUACUGUGUGAUGUGGAUAAGUGUGCAUCCCUGCACUCUCAACAUCAUGUAGCCCUUGCCUUACUAACUAACUGACUAAACAAAUAAAUUAAUUCAUUAAUAAGAGGACAAGCACAUUAUUUCAGUAAUCAUGUGUUUUGUCUCAGUCCUAAUGCAGUCACUGCUUGAGUCUAAGUCUAAGUCGAGCCACAAGUCCUGAAUUUCAGGAUUCAAACAUAAGUCUGAGUCCUGGACUCAAAUACAACAACACUGUUUAACACAUAUCAAUGUUUAAUCACUGAGUCGCAACCCCAGCUCCAAAAAAGUUGGGACAUUAUUAAAAAUGUUGUUCAAAACUGAAUUUGAUGGUUUGCAAAUCAUUCAAACUCUGUCUUCAAUGGAAAAAUGUUUUGGGAUAACAUAUCAGAUGUUGGAACAGAAAAAUUAGCUACUGCAGACAGCUAUUUAUGCAGUUUUAAAAAUUAAAUGCACAAUUUUGGGCUCCUUUAGGAUUUCUGCUGCUCAACAGUUCAGUCUUCUUUGUUUACUGAUGCAUCAAAUGUUUUUAAUAACAAAUCCAUAAUUUCCAAAAGACUAAGAUUUUGACUCUUCAGGCCAUAGAACAGUAUGUUUCCAUUUUUGCAUAGAACAGUUUUAACCAGCAUUUGUGGUUGAAGUAAUGAACUGCUGGAUGUAAUUGUAAUAAAUUAGGAGGCGUUUCUUUAGGAGUUUUUGCUAGCAUUACACAGCUUUCUUUGUGUUAUUUGUAUAAAAAACAAAACAUAAAACAAAUUUAAAUGCAAGAUUUAAAUGAUUUUCAAACUAUCACUGUCAAUUUUUAUCAGCAGUUUACAGUGGCCCAAUUUCUUUGGAACUGAAGUUGUGCUUAGAUAAUAGUUCAUCUAAAGGUAGUUUAUAUGGGAUCUAUGUUGUAAAAAACUAAACUCUUGUCAUAGUGCUACAAACUAAUUUAUUUGAAAUCGGACUGAGUUUAUAUGAAGCUGUUUCUGCUCAAUGUGUUCACAUCUAACGACAGUGUAGCUACCGUUUGCGCAACUAGCAGGGCCACAGUUGUUCAGAAGGUUAAAUCCAGAAAAAGGUAUCUAGAUUUAGAAAUUCACAUGCUUUAAAAUGUAUGAUCAGGGAAUCCAGCUUGAUAUUGUUUUCUCUUCACAAGAAACCAAGCAGACAUCUGAAAAUUACUAAAUCUAGACUUCCAGUGUCCCAAAUGAGACUACAAGCCUUGGCCACAGGGGGUGCCAAAAUCAACACAAACUAAAACAUCCUCACAACUGCUUUGAAUUGUGAGCUUGUUCUAGUUUGAUGUAAUGCAUCAUGGACUAACUCAUGGACUAAAUCAUAUAUGUCUUUGAAGCAAUUAAUUUUAAAUGUUCGAUCCCAUCUGGCUUUAACCAAUCAUUUUUACUUCUAAACAGCUGGGCCCUGAGAAUUAUAUGGGUAAAGGCAACAUGGGUAAUCUAUAUCUGUCCAUCUAGGUUUAAAGGUCACCAUAUUGCUCUUCCCAUUAAAAUACUGUUAGAGCUACAGGAUUGUCUGUACUAAAAGAGUUGACAAGGUUGAGUUGAGAAUUCAGCAUGUUGAAUUUUGACUCAGAUCUAGUUGGGUGUCUCCUACGGCUCUUCCUGUAGAAACCACACCUCGUUGCGGCGUCCAUAAGGCUUCAGUGGUGGAUCGUAGCUGCAGCAGAAGUAUUGCUUGCGUUGAAAGGGGGCCGUUUCGCC